AAUUUCAUUUUCAAUUUUGAUUCAUUUGGAGCGUGGUUUGCCUCUCGCGACAGUUAAACGUAAGAGGAAAAAUAGUAAUCUCCUCAAAUCCUGCACUUUAGAGAUAUUUGAGACCUCUCACAUCCCGUAGAAAGCUGCUCCGCGGGUGCGCGCGCAGGGCUGAACGCGUCCGCGAGCUGACGCUGUUAACAACAAGCGGUGGAUACGUGAUAAUACCGGCUAUUGCUUAAACCCGCUCGGAUAUAAAACGCAUAAACCCGCAUCGUCAUCGGGGUUAAGGGAUGGAGUUCCCUAUAGAUGUAUUGGUGUCUGGCAGACAUGAGGACUUGGAAAGUUCAGCCCAGAGCUACAUGAACAAACUGCUGUACAGCAACCCAGAUAACACACAAUACCUUACCCUGCCCAGCAUGAGAAAGAUCCGGAUCAGUCCUGCCAGUGUUGGGUUUGUUCCUCUUUAUGGAGCCAAUCUCAAACACAAAGUCCUGGCUCUGUUUGCCCCUGAGGACCAGUUCACAGCGGUGGCAUUGUUCUUGGCUGAUCAGUGGUACGCAGUGGAAGAUAUUCUCAGAACGUCAAACCCUGCAAGAGAAGGCCUUGUGAAGGUAAGAUCUGUGGGCGAGAGGAUUGUUUUAUAUGUGCUAAACCGCAUCAUUUACCGGACGGUGGAAAUGGGUUCUAGUGAGGUGCCGUUCCUGUGCCACGGAGAAGACGUCUUUGCCAAAAUCCUCUGGAAGAAUGGAGAGGCUGUGGGUUUCUACUCUGUCAAAGCUAAAGGUAGCUUGUGUAAUAGCUUUGUGAGCCAGUGCUACUUACUUCCCGUCAUGGACUCUAUAUUUGUGCGGAAGGAUCACCGUGGUAAUGGUCAUGGCUUGCAGAUGCUGGAGGACUUUGUGGACUCCUUUAAAGAUGAUGAACUGGGCUUGAAAUACCCUUUAACACCAGCAAUGCAAAAGGUAUGCAGACAGUACCUGAGCACAUACCCGGCCGAUGUGGACCUGCUAUGGGAGGUGGAAGGAGUUGGAGGUCCCUACCAGAAAGUGAAAGUGGCAAGCAAACUUUGCUCCAUGACACUACAAUGCAACCACAGCUCAUGGGCAGCAGAAGAAAACAAAAAUGGAGAGGUUGCAGUUAAUGAGGUAGAGAUGACAGAGGAGAGCUGCCUGGACAUCACGGAGGAUGUGGUGGUAGUCAAUAAACAUCUCAAAGUAGCAGAAGAAAUUAGCGACUUGCCCAUUUCCACACGCACACGGAGCAGCGAACAAAGACAAAAGAAAAGGCCACGGGAAGAACAGGAAGAGAGUGCCGUGGAGAAUCGACCUGAAAAAAUCAACAGAGUGGUCGAGCCAGAAACGGAGACAGAACCUGAUGCCGUUUUGCCAGACACUAAAGAACACACGGAUGGAGAAAGUGGAGGAGGAGAAGAUGGAGCAGAAGCCUCUGUGCAGGUGGAGGAGCCUGCAUCUAAUGAGGGCCCUGCAGACACAGAAAUUCUGGUGGCAGAAGUCAAUGGAGAAAUGACUGAAAGUCAAGAAGAAAGGAAUGAGGUGUCUGCAGUAACAAUAGUGGAUCCACAGGUCACCCACGAGCUCCCUCUAGAGGCUGAACCUGUCAUCCAAAAUGGCACUUCUGAGGAGAUGGCAGAGGGAGAAGCACAGGAUGACAUCACUGACACCCUUAACGAGUCUGAAGUAGCGGAGCAGAUCAACCAAGAGCUUAUUACUGAGGAGAAACAGGACACAGAGACAGAAGUUUCUUCUCCAAUUGAGGAGGAAGAAGUUCAGCAGGAGCAGAAAGAGGAAGUGGCUUCCUCAGUUGAGGACGUAGCUUUGGCAGUUGAGGAAACCGAAGACACUGAUCAUCCACCAGCUGUUCCUGAGGCGCCAGUGAUUCCUGUCAACCUGGUUGAGUGUGUUUCCUCUGUGCAGGACAGUGAUGCAGUAGAGGAACCAUCUGCUCCUGAGCUUGAAGCUCCACAGGAGGAGACAUCUGCUUCUCCUAGUGCAGCAGGUGAAGAAGAGGUCGUUAUAGAGACAGAGGAACCUGCUGUGAGCCAACAAGAUGAGACACUCGAGACCGAGGAAAGCCAACCUGCAACAGAAGACUCUGAAAAAGAGGAGCCAGAGGAAGAGAAAUUACCUGAGAUGGAUAAAAAAGACGAACCGAAAGAAGAGGAGGACACUGCCACCACUGAAGAUGAUAAUAAUGAUGAUGAUGAUGAUGACGAUUAUGAGGGGAAAAGCUCAGACGAAGCUCAUGAUUCUUCUCCUGGGGUUCGAGUUCUUCGAGGUGGCAGGAUCAAACCUGUCCCUCCAACACCCAAGCGCACAUCCAGUAGACUGAGCAAAGCUGUGGUCAUACAGGUGGUGGAUGAGGAGUUUGAUGAAGAAGAAGAGGAGGAGGAGGAGGAGGAGGAGGAGGAAAAGCUCACAAGCACCGAAGAGGAAAAGGGGAGCACCGAGGAAGAUGAAGCUGCCGAACACAAUUCGGGAGAAGAGGAGGAGCCUCCGGUGAUUGACAGGAGAGUGUUGCGGAGAAAAACCAAAGUGAUCCAGUCCACGCCCACAAAAGCAAAAAGACGCAGUAAAAACUGAUUACAUUCGUUCUUCAUCACACUCCAGUACACUCCAUUCAUAGUAGUAGUAGGCACUACUUAGUAGACACGCAUACCACGAUCUGUACGAGAGAGUACUGAGCAUCUUUUAUACUUGGGAUAGGGUUUAUAACAGGCGGUGUUCACAACAUCUAGUUUUUGGUUUUGGUUCAGUUUUUGUCUUAUGACUAAAAGAGAAAAAUGAAAACAAAAUGGGAAGUAUUUCAUAAUAAUAUGUUUUAGAAACAGUCCUUGAUUUAUCGUUCUGACUGCUCACAAUUCACAAAAUCUGUCAUUUUAAUCUCCUUUACUUUCGGUUUACCUUAUGCUUAUUGAAUGCAUCUUAAACUGCUUAAAAAGCAGCUAUAAGCUUGCAGUUUUACAAUGUGAAGGUCUAAUAUUAGGCGUGCUGCUGUGGAUUGCAUUUCACCGUUAUCGUAUCAGUUUUUGUUCUCACAAAUGUUUUGAUUUUAAUUUUGCUUCACCUCACACUAUACAUUUUUAAGGAGGUCCUUUCACGUUUGUUACUGUCUUUUAGAUUAUUAUGAUCCAUAAAAAUUACGUGAAUGAAAGCAUUGCUGCGCACGCCCGUAUUCACACUUAAAUAUGCAAGUAUGUUUAUACCUGAGGAAAGUCCAGGUUUAUAUAUAGUUUACAUGAAGGCUAAUAUGCGUUUAGCAUCCAAAACAAAUUAGCGUUUAAAUGUCUUAUUUUAAAUACCAACUCUACAUUAUAUUAAGCUGAAAUCUAGUACAUAAAAUGAGUGGUGAAAGUGGUGAAUCUUAGUAAUUGUGGCUAUAACGUAAAAUUAAGGCUCGUGUUGUCACCCAUUUUAGUCAUAGUUUGUUUCGUUGACGUCGACCCGACCCGACCUCCCGCAAAAAAAAAAAAAAAAAAAAUCAUAUUUUGUUAAAGCUGUGAAAGAAACUCACACGUUUCAGUUUUUUUGUUUUAAUGUGGGUGGCCACACGAGGGCGCACUUGGCUGUUAAAAAACCCCAUUGCCCGCAUCUCUUCACACUCCUUUCAAGACUGUUGUCUUCGCCGUUGUCUUAUUGUUGACACCUGAGGUCAGUUGCUUCCAUUUUUAUAUCCGGUGAACAUACGGAAACGAAAGGACCUCUAGAAUCGACCUUUAUACGUGUAUUCUUCCAGGUUUCCAGGGUCAAAGUUCACUUUGUCGACCAGAAAUCAAAUACAAGUAGAAAUAUUUUGAUCACUAUCUUGAGUGCUUUAAACUUUAUUUACUUGUUUUAGGUGUUUGAGCAAUAUUUUUCUGGAGUAGUUUUCUCAAACUGUGAUUUUUUUUCUUCUUCUUUUUUUCCCCUGUAGUAAAUAAAUACCUUUCUUGUA